UCGACAGCACAUGCUGAAGACAAAAAAUGAAGGUGCUUUUAAUACUUGUAGGCUGUUUGGCCCUGUUGGGUUUAAGUGGAGCAAAUCAAUUGGCUGCUCGCUAUGAUGACUUUAAGGUUUAUCGAGUGAAUGUUAAGGAUGCUCAACAAUUCAGUGAAUUUAUGAAAUUGAGCGAACAUUUACCGUUGCGCUACUUAAAUGAACUGAAAGGUCCUGGUCACAGUUACGAUGUUGUCAUUGAUCCUGCCAACCAAGAGAAAUUGGAAUCGCAAUUAAGUUUCCUAGAAUUGGAUUUCUCUUGUGUCAUUGAAGAUUUGCAAAGUGUCUUGGAAGAAGAAUCUCAGCCAGAAACCUUCGCUAUGGAACGCAGGCGCAUUGAAAUGGAUUGGUCUCAAUAUCACGAUUUACCCGUCAUAUAUAACUGGUUGCAAAAAUUAACCUCUAAAAACCGUCGCUUGAUCACACCAUACGUAAUUGGUCGUUCCUAUGAAAGACGUCAAAUUAGAGCAGUGAAAAUUUCCGCUAAACCUGGCAAUAAGGCCAUUUUCGUAGAGUCCAACAUCCAUGCCAUUGAGUGGAUUUCUUCGGCCGCCACCACCUGCUUCUUCGAAAACUUACUCAAUUCCUCAGAUGAGAAAAUGAAGAAUUUGUUAGAAAACUAUGAUUGGAUAUUUGUGCCUGUGUUGAAUCCAGAUGGUUUUGAAUAUUCUCAUAAUGUGGAAAGAUUAUGGCGUAAGAAUCGUAGACCCACCGGAUUCCAUAAUGCUUCAGGACCCUGCUAUGGCACAGAUAUGAAUCGUAACUUUGAUUAUGAAUGGGGAGCAAGUGGUUAUAAUAUUGAUGUUCCUUGUGAUCAUUGGUAUGGUGGCGCUGAACCCGACUCGGAGCCCGAAAUUAUUGCCUUGGAACGUUUUGUUAAUAGCUUUGACGAUGAUUAUAUCCGCAUGUAUUUGGCUAUUCAUUCCUUUGGCAAUUUUGUCCUGUUGCCUUAUGGCCAUACCAGCACAGAAUUCCCUCCCAAUUAUGAUCAAAUGAUGAGAAUUGCUACGGCUUUUGCUGAUGGAGCUCGUGUAAAAUACGGCACAGAUUUCUUGUGUGGUGCUAGUGGUUUAUUAAAUUAUCCUGUUUCGGGUUCUGCCAAGGAUUGGGCUUAUGGUGUCAAGAACAUUCCCUUCACAGCCACCAUUGAGUUACGUGAUGGUGGCCAAUAUGGUUUCUUCUUGCCACCUUCGCAAAUUAUGGAGGUCUGUAAUGAAGUUAGUGAUGGCCUGGUGGCCAUGGUGGACAAGGCCAGAGAAGAGGGAUUAUUUAAUUAAAAAGGAUUUAGAAAAAUCUACCCAGUAAAACCCUUUUCACGAAUAUUAUAUAAAAUAAAUUUGAUUAAGAAAUUGCGUCAUUGGAGGUCUUUACUCUUUUAAACAUUUUAUCUUUUCAGCUAUAAUUUAGCUCUAUAAUUGUUAUUGCCUCAAUU